GGAGAGUGUGAGGUGGGCGGAGACAUGUUGUAGGUGCUGAGGCCUUGCGACCGGACCGGCUCGACACGGCGGAAAGGAGAGGCCUCAAGACGGGUACUUCCUCUGCUCCAGCAGCCCACCAAGUCCAUAUCGAAGCGAGCACCGUCUUGCAGACUGGCCUCAGGACACUGCCUUCAAGUCAUAAAGGAAGCUAAAGGUCUGGUGAAGACUUCAAGAUGACAGGAAAAGAGUUUCUUGAACUAGAUACUCCACAGCCUAGACUAUAUUUGGAAAGAUUUCAGCGGAUGGAACUCAUACAAAAGAUAUUCAAUGAGCUUCCUAAAGCAGAUCAGAAUCUUUGCAAUCAUGGAUCAUACUUCCUAGCAGCAAACGCAAGCUUAUGUGGCUUGGCAGGAAAUAACUUCUUCAGGAAGAUCCUACAUAUCCGAAGAGCUGCCAUUAUAACUGCAGUGCCAAUGGCCGUGCUGCCAUUUAUUUCAACAGCAGCAGUUUAUGAAGCUUUUGUGCGUCAGCCUUUAUUUUCAGGUGAGCUGAACUGUGAAGUCUGUGCUGUGGUCAGAGGAGGAUUGGUCGGAGCUGUUGUGGGUGGACUCUACCCUAUUUUCCUGGCUAUCCCCUUGAAUGGAAGCCUUGCAGCCAGGUAUUCUUCAUCGCCCUUGCCAGGGAAGGAAAAUCUGUUACGCUUCUGGCUCAGCAUUGCUCAGCCUGUCUUUAGAAAGAUGAGCUGGGGUGUACUUGUACAGGUUCUGACUGGGUUGUAUCUUGCCACUAAACAUCAUGGAAUAUAUGUCAAAAUACUGCAGCAGAUGAACUCUAGCAGGGAUCCUGAAGAGUUACAAGGAUGGAGUUAAGCAGCUUUUCAGUUGCCUUGGAUAAGUAAUCAUAAUAAACAAAGCAAGAAGUUGUU